AUGUCGUCGGAAGACGUGUCGCGCAGCUCGGCGCACAGGGCCAUAGUGUGUGAUGAGUCGCACCCACACGAAGAGGAUGUCUGGGAAGACGAGGACGAAGAGCCUAGUGGUGCGACGCCAGAAAUCCAUGCGGCGGCCGCGUCCGACGCAGCGGGUGCGCCCACCACCGCUGUCGAAAAGGCAGACCUGAAUGACGGGCCGCGACCGCCACCGGCCACAUCGCUUUCCGAAAAGGCGAAGGAAUUGGAUCCAGAUCCUGCAUGUGUGCCUUCGACGCCUACACCACAGCCAAACCCGACAGAGCAGACCUCUCCCCCCAGCCCACGGCCCAUACCCACACAUCGCCGACACGCGUCACAGCCCUCGACGGCGCACCCUCUUCCCAAACUCUCGCCAGCAGAAGAGCCGAAAGGUGCACCUGCACCGCUCUGGGAGCGCUGUGGCCGUACCCUAUACACGGUUCUCGUGUUGCUAGGUGUGUCAGCUCCGCCGGACUUUGCCGACGCGGAUGCCCCGGCGCCGCGACGCCGCGCACGACCGACGCGGCGCGUUGCGGUCAUGUCACUCUGGGACCACCUACUUGAUGAGGUGCUGAGCAGCAGCAGUGAGAGUACGCAGGAGCUCAAGUGGGAGCGGGUCUCCAACUUUAUGUCCGUGCCGAUCUGGAUCGAAAAGUUGGUCACAUUCGGCAUACUUGUGUGCCUCAAUUCGUUUCUAUAUACCCUGACGAUCUUGCCGCUCCGCUUCCUGGUCGCGUGGACCCGGUGGGCGUACAAUGCGCUCGAAUGGGUGCGUGCUGGGCGGAAGCGGUACUUGAAUGUAUCGAACAAGUGUGACAUCCUCCAGGGUCUCUUGGUGAUCCAGACGUGCUAUCUCCUCUCGCGCAUUGCCGACGCCAGCAAGAUGUACCACAGCGUGCGUGGACAGGACGUGGUCAAGCUGUCGGUGAUUUUCAGCGUACUAGAGAUCAGUGAUCGGCUGUGUGCCUCAUUUGGCCAGGACGUGCUGGACUCGCUAUUCUCGCGCCGGACUCUGGCGCGCCGCAGCAAUGGCUCCCAGCCGUACGUGCGGAUGCUAGGCUACUAUGUGCUUUCGCUUGCAUACAUUGUGUUCCAUACGUUUGUGCUGCUGUACGAACUGGUCACGCUCAAUGUGGCGAUCAACAGCUACGACAAUGCGCUGCUGACGCUGCUCUUAUCGAACCAGUUUGUGGAGAUCAAGACGACAGUGUUUAAGCGCUUCGAGAAAGAGAACCUGUUUCAGCUGACGUGUGCGGACAUUGUGGAGCGCUUCCAGCUGAGCGUUCUGCUCGCAGCCAUUGGCGUUCGCAAUCUCAUUGAGGUCGCCGGUGCGAGUUCCAUGAGUGGCAGCGGUACGCUGGGCCCGCUGCCGACUAGUUUCGACCUAUACCCCUAUGUGAACGUGGUGUUCCGCACGAUCAACCCAGUGCUCACCGUGCUCCUCAGCGAGGUGCUCGUCGACUGGCUGAAGCAUGCCUUUAUUACAAAGCAGAAUCACAUCCGACCUGCUGUGUACGGCCGCUACAUGGAUGUGCUGUGCCGCGACCUGCUGCCGCCCCAGGCAGCCACGGCCAUGGACGGCCAUGAGCAGCGCCAGUCGUCGCUGGUGGACCAAACGCCGCUCGCGACGCGGCGCCUCGGCCUAGCGGUGCUGCCGCUCGUUUGUGUCACGGUGCGCCUGGCUUUCCAAAUUGUGGACAUGCUACUACCCUCGAGGGACGAACUGGACCUUGUCACAUCGCAGCGCGUGUUGGAUCAGGUGGUGUUUGCAGCGACCGCAUGCCUCGUGGUCAUCGCGUCAUGGAUCGCCUUGGUCGUACUAAAAAUCCUGCUGGGCGUGCAUCUCGUAAACUUCGCGACAAAGCGCUACGCGACCCGCCAUGAGCGCGAGCGCGAGGACCAGCGCAAUGCGCGAGGCCGCCCUCCGAUCGGCGAGAUGCCGGCCCAGGCAGCGUACGAGGCGCAGAUUCCGCAGAUGGUGGAUGCAAAAGAGGACGACGCCCCAUCUGUGGAUCUAAGGACAUAA